AUGCGCGUUCCUGAAGGAGCCCCUGUUCCGUUUUGGUUGUCAGUCAAGAAUCGUCUUCCCAAAUGGGCCAAAGUUAAUCGGCCAACACUCGGAUCCAUGGCAGUUGUAGCUACUGCACUUGUUACAUGUUGUGCUGUAGCUGCUGUAACGCUUUAUCCAAAAUAUCAUCAUGAUUAUUAUAAAAACGCACAAAAAGAGGAACGGGCCUUACUUCGAUCAUCUCGAGAACAACAAGCUGGUCCUCAAAAUGUCUGGAUCGAUCCAUUCGAACGAAAAUAA